AUGUUUCGCACCAGAGUUAGUGAUUCCAAAGAAAUGAACAUCGGCAUGGUUAUCGCUGAAAAAGGAUUUGUAUACGAAAAGGAAUUACAUCUGAUAGUUAUGAACUCGUUCUCAUGGAUUCCUCCGGUCAUUGCCUCCUCACCAUUCGUCGGAAGAAAGUCAAACAUGAUGGUGGAGAUGUUCGGCGAUCAUUCAGAGGAGUAUCAUAUCGAAGGAUGCUUCUCUCAGAGGAACUGCACGAUAUAUGAUUCAGCGAAGGAAACAAUGGCGGAGAUCAAACGCAAAGUGAAUGCUUCCACUAAUGUGAUGCUUGGCAAAGAUGUAUUCUCGCUCACACUAAACAUGUUCGAAUUGAGAGUUAAGCUUCUUUUCCAAAAUUGA